GUUGCAACCGGGAUGGUCAAGCCUGCGCUUGGUGCGCCUGCGCAGAAGCGAGGCGCGCCGGGGCGACUGGAGCGGCUCCCUCGCAGGCGGCGCCAUUUUGUGCUAGGAGCCUGAUAAAACCGGGCCGGUUCUGUGGAAAGUGGGCGGCGGAGCCAGGGUCCCUGGAAUGGCGGAGACUCUGUCAGGCCUAGGAGAUUCUGGAGCGGCGGGCGCGGCGGCUCUGAGCUCCGCCUCGUCAGAGACCGGAACGCGGCGCCUCAGCGACCUGCGAGUGAUCGAUCUGCGGGCGGAGCUGAGGAAACGGAAUGUGGACUCGAGCGGCAACAAGAGCGUUUUGAUGGAGCGGCUGAAGAAGGCAAUCGAAGAUGAAGGUGGUAAUCCUGACGAAAUUGAAAUUACCUCCGAAGGAAACAAGAAAACAUCAAAGAGGUCCAGCAAAGGGCGCAAACCAGAAGAAGAGGGUGUGGAAGAUAACGGGCUGGAGGAAAACUCUGGGGAUGGACAGGAGGAUGUUGAGACCAGUCUGGAGAACUUGCAGGACAUCGACAUCAUGGAUAUCAGUGUAUUGGAUGAAGCAGAAAUUGAUAAUGGAAGCGUUGCAGAUUGUGUCGAAGACGAUGAUGCUGAUAACCUCCAGGAGUCCCUGUCGGAUAGUAGAGAGCUAGUCGAGGGGGAAAUGAAAGAGCUUCCGGAGCAGCUUCAGGAACAUGCUAUAGAGGACAAAGAAACCAUAAACAAUUUAGAUACUUCAUCAUCUGACUUCACUAUAUUACAGGAAAUUGAAGAGCCAUCCCUGGAGCCAGAAUUCUUCCUAAUUACCUUUAGUCCAGCAGAAUUAAUUAACUCCUGUGGGUCUGAAAUCUUAUGGUUAGGUCAGAUUUGCAAUACCAGUUUGUCGGGGUAUCAUUUUUUCAGAGCUAAAUUUCGGGUAGGUAUGCAACCUCAGCACGAAUUUUAUGGUUUUGAGUUUGUUUCCUCCAUGCUUCUUCCUUGCGGAGUGACAUUGUCCUUUGUCUCUAGUUCUCCCGAAGAUGACUCGGAUACAAAAAGGCUUUCCAAAGAGGAAAAGGGUCGCAGCAGUUGUGGUAGAAAUUUCUGGGUUAGUGGACUCUCUUCUACAACCAGAGCUACAGAUUUGAAGAAUCUUUUCAGCAAAUAUGGGAAGGUGGUGGGCGCCAAGGUUGUGACAAAUGCCCGGAGUCCUGGAGCUCGCUGUUACGGUUUUGUCACGAUGUCCACAGCAGAAGAGGCCACAAAAUGUAUUAACCACCUGCACAAGACGGAGCUCCAUGGAAAGAUGAUCUCCGUGGAGAAAGCCAAAAAUGAACCUGUGGGAAAGAAAACCUCUGACAAAAGAGACAGUGACGGGAAAAAGGAGAAGUCGAGCAACAGUGACAGAUCUGCAAACCUUAAGAGGGACGAUAAAUGUGACAGAAAAGAUGAUGCUAAGAAGGGUGAAGAUGGAAGUGGAGAAAAGAGUAAGGACCAAGAUGAUCAGAAACCUGGCCCCUCAGAGCGAUCUCGAGCCACAAAGUCAGGAAGUCGAGGGACCGAGCGGACUGUAGUAAUGGAUAAAUCCAAAGGGGUGCCUGUGAUUAGUGUAAAAACAUCUGGGUCCAAAGAGAGAGCUUCCAAAAGCCAGGAUCGCAAAUCAGCCAGCAGAGAGAAGCGGUCCGUCGUGUCCUUUGAUAAGGUCAAGGAGCCUCGGAAGUCGAGAGACUCAGAGUCCCACAGCAGGGUACGUGAGCGCAGUGAACGCGAACAACGCAUGCAGGCGCAGUGGGAACGCGAGGAGCGUGAGCGGCUGGAGAUUGCCCGAGAGAGGCUGGCCUUCCAGCGCCAGCGGCUGGAGCGUGAGCGCAUGGAGCGAGAGCGGCUGGAGCGCGAGCGCAUGCACGUGGAGCACGAGCGCAGGCGCGAGCAGGAGCGCAUCCACCGUGAGCGCGAGGAGCUGCGGCGCCAGCAAGAACUGCGCUACGAGCAGGAGCGGCGGCCUGCGGUGCGGCGGCCUUACGACCUGGACCGGCGAGAUGAUGCCUAUUGGCCAGAAGCUAAGCGGGCCGCCCUGGAUGAGCGCUACCAUUCUGACUUUAACCGCCAGGACCGCUUCCACGACUUUGACCACAGGGACCGCGGUCGCUACCCCGACCACUCGGUGGACAGGAGAGAAGGUUCAAGGUCAAUGAUGGGAGAACGAGAAGGACAGCAUUACCCAGAACGCCAUGGAGGACCAGAGCGCCACGGCCGGGACUCCCGCGAUGGCUGGGGGGGCUAUGGCUCCGACAAGAGGAUGAGUGAGGGCCGGGGGCUGCCUCCUCCCCCCAGGGGCAGACGUGACUGGGGGGACCAUGGCCGAAGAGAGGAUGACCGGGCAUGGCAGGGCACGGCUGACGGUGGCAUGAUGGACAGGGAUCACAAGAGGUGGCAAGGUGGCGAGAGAAGCAUGUCCGGUCACUCGGGGCCUGGCCACAUGAUGAACCGAGGAGGGAUGUCAGGGCGCGGCAGCUUUGCCCCAGGCGGGGCCUCCCGGGGCCACCCCAUCCCACACGGUGGCAUGCAAGGCGGGUUCGGAGGCCAGAGCCGGGGGAGCAGGCCCAGCGACGCCCGCUUCACUCGCCGCUACUGAGUACUUGGAAUCCUGUGUCCUGUCACGUGGCAACAAGGCUAUGUUCUGUUAGGAGUUAUCUUAAACUGUGUAAAAAUAUUUUUUUUUUAAUCUGCGGCCAUAUUGUAGCUCAAUACAAUGUGAAUUUUGUUUUUCGUUUUGGGGUUUUUUUUUUUUGUAAUAAAUGUGUUUCCGUUCACAUACCCUUUA